AGAAGAGAGAGAGAAAGAAUCAGAGGAAUAAGUAACUCGGUGUGAGAAGUUUACUUUUUUUUGUUGUUGUUCAAAGUAGACUGACACACUUCCAGAUGGGAGGGUACAGUGCAUAUCAAGUCCCGCCUCACACGCACACUCACACGCACACAGUGUGUUCCUUGCUGCAGACUUGACGCUAUAAAAUGAAGGAACUUGUCGGAUUCGGGACGCAGUCUUUAGCUGGAGUUCCCUCAGUGGACUCUCACACUGUAACUGCAGGCAGCCCCGUGCGUUAAGUGCUGCUCUCACAGACGCACACUUUUGAGGGGAAAAAAAACCAAACCACAGAGACUCCUCUGACUUCGCCCCUCAGAAGCCUCGACCAGGUCGCCGGUUGCAGCAGUGACGGAGCAGCGGCAGCAGAACCAUGGCAGGGGACGGUUCGGACCAACGUGCGCUGCAGUAUGAACAGACUCUGAUGUAUGGGCGCUACACCCAGGAACUUGGAGUGUAUGCCAAAGAGGAAGCAGCUCGGAUAAGGGAGAGCGGUCACAGGCGGUCGGUCAGCCGGACCUUGGAUCUGGUGGAGUACGACAAGGGACGCUGUGCCAAGUGUCGCAGGUCAGGGUAUCCGUAUGUUCUGGAACCACCAGCCCGGAAUUUUAUCACUGUCUGUACCGUUCGCUGUCAGAAGUUCCUGAUCUCGCGGGUCGGGGAAGACUGGAUCUUCCUCAUCCUGCUGGGACUCGUGAUGGCGCUGGUCAGCUGGGUGGUGGACUUUUGCAUUGCCAUCUGUCUACAAGCACAGAAGUGGAUGUAUGGAGGUCUGGACAGUAACGUCUUCCUACAGUAUCUGGCCUGGGUCACAUACCCCGUCGUCCUCAUCACCUUCUCUGCCGGCUUCACCCAGAUCCUUGCACCUCAGGCUGUCGGGUCUGGGAUCCCAGAGAUGAAGACCAUCCUCAGAGGAGUGGUGCUGAAGGAGUACCUCACCUUCAAGACCUUUGUUGCCAAAGUCAUUGGACUCACCUGUGCCCUGGGCAGUGGCAUGCCUCUGGGCAAGGAGGGUCCGUUCGUACACAUCGCCAGUUUGUGUGCUGCACUUCUCAGCAGGUUCAUGUCUCUCUUUGGUGGAAUUUACGAGGUAAAAUUCUUGGUUUGCCAAGUCGCUCGUGUUCCACAGCCUGAGUCUGUGUUUGGUCUGUGUUUUUCAGGAGUGCUGUUCAGUAUCGAAGUAACUUCCACGUUCUUUGCGGUGAGAAACUAUUGGAGAGGUUUCUUUGCUGCAACCUUUAGUGCCUUUAUCUUCAGAGUCCUGGCUGUGUGGAACAAAGAUGAAGAAACCAUCACGGCUCUGUUCAAAACUCGAUUCCGACUCGACUUCCCCUUUGACCUCCAGGAGCUUCCUGCCUUCGCAGUUAUUGGCAUCGCCAGUGGCUUUGGCGGAGCCUUGUUUGUGUAUCUGAACAGACUUAUUGUGCAGUUCAUCAGAAAACAGAAGACCAUCAACAAGUUCCUCAUGAAGAAACGCCUCCUGUAUCCAGCUCUGGUCACUUUGCUUAUUUCCACCCUCACGUUCCCCCCUGGCUUUGGGCAGUUCAUGGCCGGAAAGCUCACCCAGAAAGAGGCUCUGGUGACUCUGCUGGACAAUCGGACGUGGGCCAAGCAGGGCAUCGCUGAGGAGUUCGACUACAUCGGACACGCUCAGGCCUGGAAACAUCCGCAGGUCAACGUCUUCGUCACCCUGGUCCUCUUCAUCGUCAUGAAGUUCUGGAUGUCCGCCCUGGCCACCACCAUACCAGUGCCCUGCGGAGCCUUCAUGCCUGUGUUCGUCAUAGGAGCGGCCUUCGGUCGUCUGGUUGGAGAAAGCAUGGCGGCCUGGUUCCCAGACGGCAUUCACACAGAUGGCACCAUCUACACGAUAGUCCCAGGAGGCUACGCUGUUGUGGGUGCAGCAGCCUUGUCGGGAGCGGUCACCCACACGGUUUCCACGUCAGUGAUUGUGUUUGAGCUGACUGGCCAGAUCUCCCACAUCCUGCCCGUAAUGAUCGCGGUGAUCUUGGCCAAUGCUGUUGCCCAGUCCCUGCAGCCCUCCCUCUACGACUCCAUCAUCAGGAUCAAAAAGCUGCCCUACCUUCCAGAGCUCGGCUGGGGACAUCACGAGUACGUACCGACCACACAUUACAUCAUAGUAGUACUGUACAUCACUCUGAACUGCUGCUACAGAGACCUGCACAACGUGUUGAUGACGGGCCACCUGAAGACCCUGGCUCUGGUGGAAUCAGCAGAGUCCAUGAUCCUUCUGGGCUCCAUCGAGCGCGCUCAGCUCCAGUCUCUGCUGUCGCAGCAGCUCGGUCGCCCCAGACGGCUGGAGUACAUCAGGGAGAGAGCCGCCGCCGAGAAAAAACGCAUGUCAAUCAUUUCCAACACCACUAGCGAGGACGACAACCUGAGAGCCAGCCAGGAAGUCCGCUUCCAGAUCUCAACAGAAGAGUCUUCCUUCAGUCCCACCAGAACAACACCUCAGAAGCCCCUGAAACCUGCACUGAAGAGAUCGUCUGUGGUGGAGCGACCCACUGAGAUCCCUGUCAAUGUAAACGAUCAUUCAGGCAUCGCUUUAAAGAAUCUGUUCUGUGCCAGUCCGGAUGCAGAGGCUCUGGAGAAAAACAACAACGUGGAGAGCCCCGCUUCUCCCGAGCUCAGGAAGACUUCCAAACGAGUCAGGAUAUCUGUCGUGGAGCCACCGCCCAGCUUUAAGAGUUUUUUUGGGGAUGAUGGAGAUCUGGAGGACGACAUGACCCUCAGAGAGAUUGCAGAGUGGGAGGAGAAUCAGCUUGACGAGCAGGUCAAUUUCAACAACUGCAAGAUCGACCCCGCCCCGUUCCAGCUGGUGGAGCGCACAUCACUGCACAAGACACACACCAUCUUCUCCCUGCUGGGCCUGGACCACGCCUACGUCACCAGCAUCGGACGCCUCAUCGGUGUGGUUUCCCUCAAAGAACUCCGUAAGGCCAUCGAAGGCUCUGUGACGGUCAAGGGUGUGAAGGUGCGACCUCCACUGGCCAGUUUCCGGGACAGCGGCACCAGCAGCAGUGAGAACGAGGCCACUGAGCUCCACAAGCUGUGGGACCGUCACAAGAGCAUGUCGUUGCCUCAAGAUCACACUCCGUCUGAGUCCGACGAGAAGUCCCAGUGAGGGAACGAGGAGGAGGAGGAGGAGGAAGAAAGACAGCUGCAGGAUGAGGAAGGGGAAGAGGAGGAGCAGGAGCGAGUCAUCCCUGACUUUCACCUCCCCAAAGCCACAAACAUGCAAAAAAGAAAUCCUCAGGGCUUCGGAUCAAUAUUUAAUUCUGGAAAGCGUUCUCCUGCUCCUCCAGCCUCCUCAACAGCUCGUCCUCUCCCAUCUUUCUCCUCUCCUUCAAGGACCGCCGACUACCUACUCCUGAAGCCUUGCACUGACUAACCCCGACACUCCACGGGAGGGUGGAACACACACUCGCCCCGUGUCUUGUAUUAAUGUUGUCCUUGAAAACCGAAGGCAGAGAGAAUGUGCAUCAUGGAAGACAAAGUUGGAGCAGUCCAACCACGAGGGACUGUGAAUGGGCUCAAAUCAAUUUAAAGGGAUUUCUUUUUAAAAAAAAAAAAAGUCUUUAGAGUUUUGAUCAAACUUCUUCUGAUGAGUCUUCCACUUGAGCAGAGAAAUGCAGCAGCGACGAAGAGAGAAUGCUGCGUGGACGACGAAGGUGGACGUCAGCGGCUGUAGUUACGUUGUUACCAUUUGAGAAAACAUGUCAUUGUGUUUGACGAAAUGUAUUUGGCGACUGAUCGACUUCAAUCUGUUUGAAUGUGAGUCACUGUCAAACAGUGGAUCAGUGGAGGGACAAACGCCUUCCUUCGCUUUUCAUCUCAGAGCUACGGGAUCUAAAGCUAUUUAUUGUCUGUCAUUAUUUUAUCACAAAAUGAUUUCACAAUUAUUUAUGCCUAGAUUGCCAUCAGUCAGUAAAUGGAGCCAUAAAAAAAAUAAAAUCAAGAAACUUAAUAACAUUACUGUAUUCAAACUAACCUCAUUCAGACCAAGCGCAGAAAAUCCCUCACAGACGCCACCUGCAGGUUGGAGCAAGAGUAAACUCACGACUCGUUUUUGCAUCAUGGACGAUGCCGUCUCAUCGUUUGAAUUUUAAUUAUUUCUGAUAAAGUUAGUUUGAGGGAUCAUGAAGAAACCCGACUGAAGCGCUAAAUCAAGAAGCGGGUGGAAGUUAUUUUUUAUUUUUUCUUCAAAAUAAAAUAUCUGGCAGACUAACAUCAAUUUAAAAAAAA